UCUCUGUGUUCUGAGCGGGUUACCGGCGGCCGGUAAAUCCCGACUGGCGCGGGAGCUGCGGGGGCGCGCAUGGGCGCGCGGAUGGAGGACGCUGCUCGUAACCUAUGACGAGCUGAUCCCGGCGCGCGACUGGCGGCAGUCUGAAUGGAAACAGCACAGGAAGAUGGUUCUGAUGUGUCUGGAGAGAUUUCUGCAUCAGACUCCCUCAGACCAGACUCAGACUCCCUCAGACCAGACUCAGACUCCCUCAGACCAGACUCGGACUCCCUCAGACCAGACUCGGACUCCCUCAGACCAGACUCGGACUCCCUCAGACCAGACUCGGACUCCCUCAGACCAGACUCGGACUCCCUCAGACCAGACUCGACUCCCUCAGACCAGACUCGGACUCCCUCAGACCAGACUCGGACUCCCUCAGACCAGACUCGGACUCCCUCAGACCAGACUCGGACUCCCUCAGACCAGACUCGGACUCCCUCAGACCAGACUCGGACUCCCUCAGACCAGACUCGGACUCCCUCAGACCAGACUCGGACUCUCUCAGACCAGACUCAGACUCCCUCAGACCAGACUCAGACUCUUUCUGAGGUUAAUGGAGUCUGGAUGCGGUUUGAGCAGAUGCGGCAGCAGCAGAGCAUCUCUCACACACACACACACUCACAGCCGCUCGUGGUUCUGCUGGAUGAUAACUUCUACUACCAGAGCAUGAGAUACCAGGUCCAGCAGCUGGCCCGGAAGUACGGCGUGGGUUUCUGUCAGGUGUUCCUCCAGUGUCCCCUGCACGUGUGUCUCCAGAGGAACCGGAGCAGACCUCAGCCUGUUCCUGACGAUGUUCUGCUGCAGAUGUGUGAGCGAAUGGAGCCUCCGAACGAGAUCAGAAACCCCUGGGAGCAGCAGAGCCUGACGCUGGACAGCACAGACGGCAUCGCAGACGGACACGUGCAGAAGCUGAUGGACUUGCUGGCGUCUGCGCUGGAGAACCCUCGGAGCCCGGUCCAGGACGAGACGCAGCAGAAGGAGGCUGACAGACUGAUCUGUGCGUCCAGUGUUCUUCAUCGGGCGGAUCAGACAUGCAGGAGACUGGUUUCUCAGGCGUUGUCUUCAGCUCGUGAAGGCCAGGCAUCUCCAGACGAGCAGAAGGCUCUGGCUAAAGCCCUGACUGAACUGAAGACUGCGUUCCUGCAGGAGCUGAAGAAGGACGUCCUUCAUCGCGUCUCGGUCUUCCCAGACGAGCCUGUGGACGUGGAGCAGCUGCUGAUGAACGUGUCUGCAGCGUUCCAGCGACGCUCGCGAGAGAUUGUGUGCAAACGCUUGACUGACUCCGGAUGAACGACCGAACUGUGAUGAAGUCUCUGAUGAACCUCUGAUUGAGCAUUAGAUGUAAUUUCUCCACAUACUGUCUGAAAGCAUCUGUCCGUGACUUGUUCUUGCAGUCACUGAUUUUCAUUUAGAGAUUCAUGAAGGGUUUGUGAUUUUGAUUUGUUUGUCUUUACAGAGAUCGCAGAGAAUGCGGUUCUGUGUAUUAAAUUCAUAUGAUCGGAGGAUUGCAGAAAUCCUUCAUUUAUUUUAGUGUUUAGUGAUUAUAUGAGUCACAGACAUUUAUUCUGAAGCGCUGACAGACUGAUCAUGAUCAAACUGAAAAUAAUGUUUUUGUAUAAAAUUUUUUAAAUCUAUUUCUGUUUCUCAUAAUUAAAUGUGCCUCUGAUCCUGA